UCCGCCCCAGGAGGGGUUAUAAGGGGCUCACAGGAGACACCGAGAACAUUCAGCCACGACAGAUCCAGAAGCAUGCGGCGCACACUCACCCUCAGCUGGCUCACACUCCUCCUCUAUACAGGAGGGGCAUUCUGCCAGCACCAGGUGCAAGUCCCCCGCGGCCCCCUGCUCCGCACCGAGGCCUCAGCAGUCUCCAUCUGGUGUAACGCGAGCGGGUCCUCGGAGGGAGGGUUUGAGUGGUCUCUGUUUCCGUCUCACUCACCCUCCAAGAAGCUGCAGAUACUGAGCUCGGCGGACCCCCACUUCUCCUACGCCGUAUACAGGGAGCGGGUGAGCGUCCGGCGGGAGAUCUACCUGGAGAGGGUGGGUAAGAACGCGGCCCGGCUCCAUAUUACCCACCUGAGGGCAGAAGAUGGCGGCGAAUAUGAGUGCCACACUCCGAACACUGCGCACACUUACUACGGGAGCUACAGCGCCAGCGUCCGGCUGACAGUGAUCCCAGACCUGUUGCGGGUGCUGAAUUUGUCUCCAGCGCCCCGGAGUCUCCGGGAAGGUGACCCUUUGACCUUGCUGUGUGAGGUGUCGUCGGAGACCCCCCAGCACACCCACGUCUCCGUGGCAUGGCUCCAGGCAUCUGCGGAAGCCGCGCAUGCCGUUCUUGGACUGUCGGCACAUGCGGUGGUAUCCGCCGGGCCGCGCUUCGCCGGGCGUCACAGGAAUGGCGAGCUGAGGAUAGAGAAAUUAUCCGCCGCUCGGUACCAGCUGGCGCUGAGCCGCCUCCGUGCCGGUGACGCCGGGGGGUACUUCUGCCGGGCCACGGAGUGGAUCCAGGACCCCGACGGCAGCUGGUACCCCCUGAUUACCAGGAGCGGCAGCCUCACCACCAUCCAGCUGAGCUCUCCAGGUGUGAUGUCAGCGGUCAAAAGCGCCUCUGAGAAUAGCGCUGCUCCCCCAACGCUCCUCGUCGGGCUCCUGGCUCUGCUGUCCUGGCCGCUGUAUUGA